UCUGCUUCACUGUAAUGGCGGACGCGUUCUGUGUGGCGUACAUUGUGACUUCAGCUACUGCAUCAUACUAGUUCUGCUAGAAUAAUUCAUCAGCUAUUAAAAAGAUCUUCAUUUUAUUCACGGCGUUCAACGUAAAUAGCUACGUUACAAUCGUCCCGAACACCCAGUGGUAUUCUACUCGCUUCUGGAACACACGAAAUGGGUGGGUGCCGCUGCAGUUACAAAUCAUGCCGGAGUGCUACAAAAACCACCGAAAAUCUGCACUUCUUUCACUACCCUGUGAAACACCGCGAACGCUGCGCGAUUUGGAUCCGUAACGCUGACAAGCCCGAAUUCGCCAACCUACCCGACUACCAACUGCGAAACAAAGUCAUCUGCGGCCUGCACUUCGAAGACAAAUACUUUGCAAACCUCGAAAAACGCCGAUUGGUGCACAAUGCAAUCCCCAGCCUGGAUGCAGGCUGUGACAGCACCUCGGAUGACUUAUCAUACAUCAAAGAAGUGGAGAUUUUACCAACCAGCAAUGAUGGAUCCACUUUCACGCUAUCCCUAGACGACCUCCAACCGGGAAACAGCGCCAAGAAACAGAAACUAGACUACAACUCUGCACACAGCAUUAAUCUACCAGAUGUAGCAAAGGUAGAACCAGAUGUAUACACAAUUGACCCAUCUUACUUCAAUCAGUCAUUCUACAACAAUGACAACAUCAAGGAAGUUGUCAUAAACUCAGCCUCUGCACUCUCAGACAACUUGAAGCAAGAGGAAGUCAUUGAUGAUGAAGACUGCAUGAUUUACGACACACACAACAGCAGUCUAUCUGGUAAAAAAGAAAAUCUUUCAUUUGCGAAUGAAAAUAAACUUCAGACGUUGUUCUUUGAUCAUGAUGAGCUCGACACGCCACAACACGUCCAGAUACAGGACUCCAAAGGUAAUAUCAUGGUUACAGACAUUGGGAAUACAAAUCCAGGCACUAGUAUCACUACUAAUACACCUGGAAAAGUCUGUAUGUUAAAAUCUGCGAAUGGUACAACAACAACAAUCAAAAAGAUUAAACUAGCGUCGAAUCAGACACUGACGCCGAUCACAAUCCAGCAACCGAAUGCUUCUGGGCAAAUCGUGAAGCGUACAGUCUUUAAACGAGUGAUUCCUGCGUCUUCUGUCCAACAAACAGCCACAACAACAGCUGUAGCAUCAACACCGACGACUUCCCAACCAGUUGUCACCCCUGCGUCUACCUCCACAGCAGUAGCACAACCCACAGCUGGAAAAUUCAAACUGGCGACACAAAUGGCCACAAACACAAUCCGCCUCACGAAUAAAAACCUUUUACGGUGUUUGAAAGGCCGUUUGCCUGAUAGUAUCCUAGGUGCUGUAUCGUUACACUUAAAUAAGCGACGAAAUGCCGUCACUGUUGAAGAACAAGAGUACGAGACGAUGAUUACAGCUGUACCAUUAGCCGGACGCGCAUCUCUGCGUAAUUUCGGCUGGUGUAUUCCUACCAUACACACACAAAACAAUUACGCGUAAUUUUUAUAGAAACAUUUGUUUGAUAGAUAAGGUAAAAAGCGAUUUUAACGUUUAUUUCAUUCACGAUUCCAUUAACACACAGGAUUUUGAUUAGUUUUUCAUAGUUUAGACGUGUUACACUUCCCGCAGGAGUUUGUAAACGACUGUGUGAUGGUAGGUCUCACCCGGGUACAGCACCGCCUUUGGGAAGUUUUUCUGCAAAUGAAAUAGAAUUGUAAUAAUUAGGUGAAACGAUUGCAGUUGUUAAUUUUUUGCCGCCUUGUAUAAAUCUGCGACGCUGCACACAACACUCACAUGGUUGAUGGCGUCCGGAUAGUUUUGCGUUUCCAGGCAGAGCGCACCAUGUUCAUAAUAUGUCGCAUUAUCUUUUCCCACUAAUGUAUCUAGUUUUGUAAGAUCCUACAAAUGAAAUGUAUAUGAUUAUGAUUA